AUGACGGAUGCAAGCGAAAUUGCCGCACUCAUGGCUUCCGAAGGCGAUUAUGAGAAGAAGAUUUCAUGGUUAAAAAGAGCCAUUGUUAGCGUAACCAAGCAAAAACAAGAAAUCGAAGCACAAAAAAACCAACUGCAAAAAGACCUUCUUGUCUCUCAAAAGGAAGGUGACCAACUAAAGGAGGAAAAUCUUAAGUUGCAUAAAAGAGUUUCAGAACUCGAGAGUGAGUUUGAUCAGGAACGAAAGAAGGGUUCAUUUGGGAAAACUAUGCUAAAAGGGCUUUCAUUGUUGGUAUCGAAGAAUCAGACUGGUGUUGCUGACCCCGAGCGUGCAGAGCAGCGUGUCAAAGGGGGCGAUGAAAAGCGAGCACUUGAUUUAAGUAGUGCAGAUGUGGAGCACAUUAUCAAACAAAAUGAAGAUCUUAUGAUUCAAAUCUAUGACAUCAAAAAUGAAUAUGAUGAAUUAAAAAAAUCAUUUCAAAAAAAUCUCAAACAACAUCAAGCGGAGGUCACUUCAAUAACGCAUAAGACCGAGGACCUAUCCAGUCUUUUAAAGGAGGUCACUAGCGCAUGCGACACUCUCAAUUCCGAUUGCUCUCGCCUCAAGGCUAUCGUUCACUUUUGUCGUAACUUCUUUUCACUUAUCUCUCUGCCUCAGACUUCUUCGUUCCUCAGUACAGAGACUUCGGUCGGAGGUGAUGACACCCUUCACCAGCAGUCAUUGCAUCAACGUGCGCUUUAUUUUAAGAUAUCAUUUCCAGGAUGUGGGGACUCCCCUAGCAACUUGUUGCCGGCCGAUGUCGAGGAGGAGUUGGUUUGCCACACUAUACAAAAUGCCUGUAGUCGCCUUAGCACGUUAAUAGGUGGAGUUUCCGUCCUCAUUAUCACCCUUCGCGACACCCUACCACAGUCCCAGCGCACCACUGUUGCCAACUUGCGCUUCUCGGAGCAUCGCUUGACUACGCUGCUUGAGGCGAAUAAUUCUGUGAAGGAUCGUUUGUUACAUCUAAUAAAGAAUUUUGAGGAGUUUGUUUUAACAAGCUCUGAUAAGGAUGAGACCACCCUGACGGAUUCUGUUACAACGUUGCUGUCCAACCAGCGUGAGCUUCUUCAGGGGGUUUGCAGUUGGGUAACGAUGAUCCAGAAUCAUCUACCUUUACUUGUGAAUGGUUGCACUACUUACUUACCACAAGACCACAAGUACCGCGUUCACAAAUCAGCCUCAAACGCGGAUGUGUGCGAGGUGGAUGAGCGGGAUGUCUUUGUGGACAUGGUGGUUGAAAAUGCUAAUAAGAUCUUGAGCUGGAUUCGAGGUUGCCUGGAAGGGAUGGAGCUGUUGCUUUUGGAACCAGCAGAAAGAAUAUUAUCAGCUGUAGUUCAGCAACACAGUGAGACGUCCGUGCUAUUUAGUUCAUCUCGAAAGGAGCAGCUGGAAUGGCUUAUAGCAUAUCAGCAAGUAUGGUGGGAGGGUAGCACGGCUUUGCCGGAAUUUGUGAGGGACGCUCUUUCCAUGGUUUCUGCACUUGAGGAUAUGGCUGAGGCAUGCGCUGUAGCGCAGGUUCGCGACGCUAUAAAAUAUAUAGUAUCAAGUUUACAGCUUUUAUCAGGUGUAAAUAGUGGAGGUCGAUACUUGACUCACAAUAAAAUCAGUGUCGGGACGCUUGAGGAUAGACGCUGCGUCAGGGUACAUGAUGUUGACGAAAAGGAUGAACCAUCUCUACUGCAGUGCUCUCGAGAGUUGAACCCUGAUUCUCAAUAUACUGAUCAGUCUGAGCUUUUGCAUGGACUUGAGGCUGCGGAUCGCGCCGCGGUGUGCUAUUAUACUCAAAUGAAUGCUGUUAUGAUCGAGCUCGCCAAGAAGGAGGACAUCAUUUGGGGUCUCCAAGAAGGACUACAAGAGGCAUCUGUGCGGUUGGGCCAACAGCAAGUUGAAACAGACCGGAUGCAGGCUGCGCUUCAGGAACAAAUCGAGGUCCUUUCUGAUCAAUUAGUAUUCGCUAAUACUUCUGCCUUGCUUGAUACUCCACAAAAUUAG